GAAUCGGCUUGAAAUCGGGUCGGGUCAGAGCAAAAUUAGAACUUCCUCCUCCUCAUCGAAAUUUAACCAGCUAAUUGCGGAUUCAGGAUUUAGGGUUCUUCGACGAAUUCUGGAGAUUGCUCUGAAGCCAAAACGGAGAUGCCAUCAGCAUUGGAUCAUGAAACUCCCGACAUUUCCUCCGUUCCACCUCCCAGUGACGGCCACGAUCACGUCGUCCUUCCCCAAAUUCUCGAGCAUCCAGGAGCUGUGCAGGAUGCUGAAAUGUCUGAGGAAGAAGUAAAAGGCUCAUUAGAAGCAGUAGCAUCUACCGGCAAGUUCUGGCAGGACUGGGAGAAACUAAAGGGAAAGCUAUCGUGGUGGUUGAAGAAGGUUCUGUCAGAGUAUCCUGAGGCAACGAUGACGGACGAACAACAAAAAGAAGCCCUUGGAGAAACAUAUUCAGAGCUGGUUAGUCGAUUGGAUGAAGCCCUUCUUAGUUUCGACGAAGGUCCUCCAUUUACACUGCAGAGACUCUGUGAGAUCCUUUUGUCUGCCAGGAGCAUCUACCCAAAGCUCUCAAAGCUUGCUCUUGCAUUAGAAAAGAAUCUGUUGGUUACUUCUAUGUUAUCCAUCAGUGCGGAUCCGCAAUCACAAACCACUGAGGAUGCAAACGCAGCAACCGAAGACACAAAAACGGUUGCAGAAAAUUGGGCACCAAAUGGAAUUGAAGCCAUUGGAGGCGACAAGGAUGAGAUAAUGACAGAGGUGGAAGAACCAGAAGUUGAUGACGCUAUGACUAUUGACAUGGAGACAUUCGAUGAACCAUCAGAGACAAUGACAACGGCGAGUGAGAGUGAGACUUCAAGCGAAAUCACUGGUGCAAAACCAUCAUCGGAUUCAAUGGCUGCAGAGGAGGGAAGUUCGCGGUUGCCUUGAACCUUAUAUGCCUUAAGAGACACAGUUUAAACAUGAUCAGCUUCGAAAACUGAUCUCGGAAUAUAAUGUUUGUUCUAGGAUUAGAGAUGUUCUUGGAUAUUGAUGUUUUAAAGAAGGUUUGCGUUUUGGUGGAUUUGGUUUAUAUAUAAGGUUAGAUUGGGUUUUAAUCUGC